AUGUCCAAUCUGAAAGUCCUCUGUCGAGAUCAUCCCCAGCGCACAAUUGCGCUGGUCUCGUCAGAUCAUGCUUUAGUGUUUCAUUACACCUCGACGGAUACCGGUCCAAAAGACAGCCCCCGGUGCCAGGUCGAGUUCUUGGACUUGGCCUUGGCGGACUUGAAAGGCUACAGGUCCCUGGGUAUUGGUUAUGGCACACUUGGCCUCGUCACUCUAAAUGAAGAUGUGUUUGUCUGUGUGGUCACCGGCUCCUCGCAAGCAGCCACCGUGCGACCUGGAGAAAUUGUGUCAAGAAUUGAUAACGUAGGCUUCUAUUGCUUGAAUCGCGCAGAAUACGAGUAUGGCCUUGAUUAUGAGACUGGGGCUCAAUUCGCCGCAGAGGAGCGUUCUGGGAUGGACGGCAAAGAGAUGGUUACUGACCAUCCUUUCUUGGCGUUGAAAAAGCUACUGGGAGAUGGGAGUUUCUACUAUAGUCUCGAUUUCAACCUGACGGAUCGGUUGCAGGAUCGAGCAGAUAAAUCUGCGGCAUUUGGUAUCGACACCUUAGAUGAAGACAUGCUGUGGAACUCCUACAUGAUUAAUCCGCUGCUGCUUUUCCGGAGUCACUUGCCACCCUCCGACAAAGCAAAACUUGAUGCAUCGCAAAUGCUGACCUGUGUCAUCCGAGGCUUUGCCAGUACGCUCAAGAUCCCGGCCACUGUCUCAAUACUCCCUCAUGUGCGAACAAACUUUCCAUCAAUGUUGACAAUUAUAUCACGGCAAUCCUCUCGACGUGCCGGUACGAGAUUCAAUUCGAGAGGCAUUGACGAUGAUGGCAACGUUGCCAACUUUGUGGAAACCGAAACAAUUCUGUGGAUUUCGCCGGGUAUUACUUUCUCAUAUGCUCAAGUACGGGGCUCGGUGCCCAUCUUUUGGGAACAGGCUCCAGGUCUCAUUCCAGGCCAGCAAAAAAUCGAGGUUACUAGAUCAAGCGAGGCAACACAGCACGCAUUCAAUCGACACUUUGAAACCCUCGAGCUAGAAUAUGGUGCUGUGCAUGUGGUCAACCUCCUGAGUGAGUUGAAGCCAGGAGAAGCAGAACUGUCAGCCAAGUUUCGAGACCAUAUCAGCAGAAGCUCGGUCAGACAGAAAGAAGGCGCGGGAACUUCUCCACGUCGAAGUCUCUUGCGAAUGACCGAGUAUGAUUUCCUUGCGGAGACAAGGGGCCCUUCUGGAUACGAAGCCAGUUCCCAGAUCAAACAUGAGCUUAUUAACUCAUUAGAUGGAUUUUCCUACUUCUUAUCGGAAGAUUCUGGUCGCCUCAAUGGUAGUCGAGAUGAUGCAGCAAACAGCUCUUCGGUUAUUCUACAGCAAGAAGGAGUUUUCCGGACCAACUGUUUAGAUUGCCUAGACAGAACGAAUCUUGUCCAGACCAUUAUCAGUUCAAUGGCGUUUGAAUCGUUCUUGUCUCAUCAAGGCAGCAGGCUCAGCGGAGAUAUGCAAGUGCGACAUUCGACCAUCUGGGCUGACAAUGGGGAUGCCUUGUCCAAAAUCUAUGCUGGAACAGGUGCCCUCAAAUCUUCAUUUACACGACACGGCAAGAUGUCACUCGCGGGAGCGCUUGCAGAUGCCCGAAAAAGUGCCACUCGACUAUACGUCAAUAACUUUACGGACAAGGCCAGACAAAAAACAAUAGAUCUCCUUCUUGGAAGACUAGCAAAUCAGUUGCCUGUGCAUCUCUACGACCCAACCAACGAUUUGGUUCUUGACGAAUUAAAUCAUCGAACAUCUGAAUAUUCCUCGCGCAAACAAGUCCGGUUCUGGGUUGGCACAUUCAAUGUGAACGGUCGGGAUGAGGGACCAGGCACUGACCUCACUCCCUGGCUUUUCCCAGAGGCAGAUGCUGCUAAUGAUGACCCGACAAUAUUUGUUGUUGGAUUCCAGGAGAUCGUCUCCCUCAGCCCGCAACAGAUUAUGUCCACCGACCCCAGUACACGCAAGGUAUGGGAAAGGGCAGUCCACACUUGCUUAAACACCCAUUCCAAGAUGAAAGGGACUGGCAAAUAUGUGCACUUACGCAGUGGCCAGCUAGUCGGUGCUGCGCUCUUAAUUUAUGCGAAAGAAGAUGCCCUGAAAGACAUUAAGAAUGUUGAAGGUAGCGUGAAGAAGACCGGUCUCUCUGGAAUUGCUGGCAACAAGGGAGGCUGUGCUAUUCGCUUCGAAUUUUCAAACACCAGUAUUUGCUUCGUUACCGCUCACCUUGCUGCUGGUUUUGCAAACUACGAUGAAAGGAACAGGGACUACGAUAUCAUCGACCGAGGUUUGCGCUUCCAGAAGAACCGGUCGAUCGAAGAUCAUGACGCUGUGAUCUGGCUGGGCGACUUCAACUAUCGAAUUGGGUUAGGUAAUCCGAGUGUGAGAGACCUUAUCUCACAGCGAGACUAUCACAGGCUGUAUGAGAAUGAUCAAUUAAAUCUGCAAAUGGUGGCGGGGAGAGCAUUCCAGUUCUAUUCCGAAGGCCGUAUUGAGUUCCCCCCAACCUACAAGUACGACGUUGGCAAAGAUCAAUAUGACACGUCUGAGAAAGCGCGUAUACCCGCAUGGUGUGACCGAGUGUUGUGGAGAGGGACAAACCUGCGACAAACGCAUUAUCAGACAGCCGAUCUGAAAGUGUCUGACCAUCGUCCAGUUUGGGCAACUUUUGAUUGUAUGAUUGAUAUCAUCGAUAAUGUGCUGAAAGAGAAGCUCCGCCGAUCAAUUUAUGGGAAUAAACAGCGCCAGCUCAAUGAUUCUCUGGUGGACUCGGUGUCUCUAUUGGAUUUGGAUGAUGAUGAACUGGUGCCACAGGUCUCUAUUGCUCCAGGGCUACCACCAGCGAGCUCCGAUCGGAACCGAUGGUGGCUUGACCAUGGAGCACCUGUAAAAGCAACAAUACAUCCCGACCCAGGGUUUGUCAUAAACCCUCAGCGCAAAAGCAAUCCCUUUGCUCUGGACACUGGCUCUGACUGGGCCCCGGUUCCAGGAUUGAGAGAGAACUGGAAAUCUGAGCACGGUGCUCAAUUUGAAAGGAAACCAGUACUUCCUCCACGGCGUGAAACUUUGAAUGAAUUUCCAACAGAGUCAGUUCAACCUAGAGUGGUGACCGAGAAGUCACCGCCAGUUGUUCCUCGCAAGCCUCUCUCACUCAGCUCACAACCAAAAUCCCGAACAUUCCCAAUCGAUAAUGAAUCAGAACAUACAUCAUGGCAAAGGGAUUCAUUGGACAAUGCGCCCGUCACUGGAGGCUCCAUGGAUCUUCUUGAGGACGCAGCCAGUGAACAAAUUGAGUGGAAACCACUUAUUCCUGGCUAG